CUACCUGAAUCAUGAAAUAAAUAUUUUGGGUUUAGUGUCCCUUUAAAGGAAAAAAGGAAGGAGACUAGCACCUAUAUUGUUAAAGGUAUAUACACCUAUACAAAGUACCAUAGAGGAAAUAGUGUAUGUGUUAAAACAACUAAUUAUGACUCCUUUCCUAAACCUAAAUAUUAUUGAUAAUUUUAAAGUUAUAUUUUAAUAAAAAUAGGCUGAGAAUAUUUUAGUAAUAGGCUGAGAAUUAUUUAAAUGUAAUCUAAUCUAUUGAAAUUUACAAGGGAGUAUUUAUUAGUACUAGAAUAGGCAAAGUCAAAUAAAGACUAAAAUUGUCUAUAUUGCGCUAAUUGAUAGAAACAACAAUAAUAUUAGAUGAAGGUAUCAAGAUCUCUUCUUAUAUUGAGGCCAUAGGGACUACUGGUGUUUAGUGAAAAGAUCCAGUAGAUUUCUCUUUUAUUUAAUUUGUUUUCCCUGUCCCCUCCUCUUUUCCAGAACGGGACAUGAUCAAUGCCCUGUACAGCUAGUUUAGUUACAUCAGAAUUGUGUUGUUCUCUAAAGUGUUCCAUUGUUGUUGAAGUUGAUCUAAAUUUGGGUCCUUCUGUAAUCAUGUUACAGAAGGACCCAAAUUUAGAUCAACUUCAACAACAAUGGAACAUAAUAUAACAUUUUUCAUCAAUUGCUCCACUACUCAUGUAGUGUACUUACUAACUUGCCUCAUUUGCUGGAAACAGUAUACAGGUAAAACAAAAAGGUCCCUAAAAGACCGGUUUUUACAACACUUGAGAUCUAUAGAAGAUGUGGAUUGUGACACUCCUGUCGCAAGACACUUUAGAGAACAGCACAAUUCUGAUGUAUCUAAACGAUGAUACACCUGUGUGAAGCAUUCCUGAAUGUAUAUUUGUGAGAAAAACUGAGCUAUUGCAUCUGCUGCUAUGGUUUAUGGGUUUACAAGGGACCAUGACAAAGACAGUUGCAGUGAUUGGAGCCGGCGCCAGUGGUUUAGUCGCCAUUAAAUGUUGUCUCGAUGAAGGUCUGGAACCAACAUGCUAUGAAAAGACCGAUGACAUUGGUGGGCUCUGGAGAUACAAGGAUGACCCAGAGGAAGGCCGAGCCAGUAUCUACAGAUCUGUGAUCAUCAAUACCUCUAAGGAAAUGAUGUGUUAUAGCGAUUACCCCAUACCGGAUCAUUUCCCAAACUACAUGCACAACUCCAAAAUUAUGGAUUAUUUCCGCAUGUACGCCAAGGACUUCAACCUCCUGAAAUACAUCCAGUUUAAGACUAGUGUUCUCAGUGUCAAGAGGAGUGCGGAUUUCUCUACCACCGGUCAAUGGAUCGUAACUACUGAAAAAGAGGGAAAGCAAGAGACAAGAAUCUUUAAUGCUGUGCUGAUUUGCAGUGGUCACCAUUCAUUCCCCAACUUACCUCUAGCAUCUUUUCCAGGAAUAGAAAAAUAUAAGGGCCGUUACAUUCAUAGCCGAGACUAUAAGGCGCCUAAUGAUUAUCAAGGGAAAAGAGUCCUUGUAAUCGGGAUUGGGAAUUCAGGUGGAGAUAUUGCCGUGGAGCUGAGCAGAACAGCACAACAGGUUUUCCUUAGCACCAGACGCGGUGCAUGGGUUUUGAAUCGUGUCGCUGACAAUGGAUUGCCAAUAGAUAUUUCAAGAAGGUCUCGCUUCAUUAAUCUGGUUCAGAAGAUGAUUCCUGUCUUCUUGAUGACCUAUAUUGUAGAAAGUUCCUUAAACAAAAGAUUUAAUCACAGCAAUUAUGGUCUGUUGCCAAGGCACAGGUUUUACAGUCAACACCCAACUAUCAACGAUGAACUUCCUAACCGCAUCAUCUCGGGCCAAGUACAGGUCAGACCUAACGUUAAGGAGUUCAGAGAGAGAGAUGUGGUCUUUGAUGAUGGCACAGAGGAGAAAGAUAUUGACGCAGUUGUCUUUGCCACAGGAUACAGCUUUAAUUUUCCCUUCUGUGAAGAACCUGUCAUUAAAGUGCAAAGCAAUAGAGUCUCAUUGUAUAAGUACAUGUUCCCCCCUCAACUCGAGCGCAAUACACUGGCUGUAAUCGGACUCAUCCAACCCCUUGGUGCAAUUAUGCCAAUUUCAGAACUCCAGUGCCGUCUCGCAACUCGAGUCUUCAAGGGUUUGGUCACACUGCCGACCUCAGACGAUAUGACGCGUGACAUCAAAGAGAAGAGGGAGAGGAUGGAAAAGAGAUAUGUUGUAAGCCAGCGCCACACCAUACAAGUAGACUACAUGGAAUAUAUGGAUGAGCUCUCAGAAAUUGUCGGGGUGAAGCCCAGUUUAUCACAACUGUUCUUCACAGACCCCAGGCUUGCAUGGGAGGUGCUGUAUGGCCCCUGCACUCCAUACCAGUAUCGUCUUAUGGGACCAGGCAAGUGGGAUGGAGCCAGAAAAGCUAUAUUAACCCAAUGGAGCCGCAUCAUCAAACCUACAAAGACGCGCGUCCUCGAUAAUCCAACACAGGGAAUCUCAGCAUUUCUGCUGCUAAAAAUCUGUACUGUUUUCAUUGUUUUAGCUGCUGUUUUUCUUCAGUUUUAAGCUGUUUAUAAACUUCUCUACGUACAGGGAUAUUCCAGAGAAAAAUAAUCCUCUGUUUUGUUAGAACAUUUUUUUAAAAAAAAUUUGUUUUUUUUACUUUGUGUUUAACUCAUUAAAAAUAUUCAUAAUCGGAGAUUGGAGACUAUGGGGCGGAUUUACCAAGCUAUCAAUAGGCCCCAAUGCAGCUGUUUCUGUGUGAGCCUUCAGGCUCGCCGGAAACAGCAGUUAAGAAGCAGUGGUCUUAAGACCGCUGAUCCUUAACUGGUCCGCUGCCUCUGAGGCUGCGGACAUCAAUUCGCCCUAUCCUAUACGAUCGGGAUGAUUGACACCCCCUGCUAGCAUCUGAUUGGCCGCGAAUCUGCAGGGGGCGGCAUUGCACAAUCAGUUCACUAGAACUGCUUGUGCAAUGCUAAAUGCCGACAGCGUAUCAAGUCUGCCAGACAUUAAUAAUUCGGCCCCUGUGCAUGUAUACCUGUUUUUGAUUGGCUGACAUGCCAUGGAUACUCAUCUGGAGUGCACAUGCACACAGUUAUGACUAUUUAUGUAACUCCUUUGCUUGGCUGAAAUACACAGUAGAAGAACAGAUUUGAUUUAAAAUAAAAUGCUCUAAUUCAUACAGUAUUUUUAAACUUUUACUAGGAAUGUCCCUGUAACAUAUAUAAAUAGUAGCUAUUUCAAUCAUAUCAAGAUUAAAAAAGAAGCUCUUACAUGUUUUUUUAACAUUUUUUUUAGAUGAGAUAGCGAAAUAGAUACUUAUAUAUAGUAACAAUAUGUAAUUAAACAUAAGAAAUGAGAACUGUUAUAAAUGCUGCCAGUAUAAGAAAUAAAACAAAGUGAUAGAUGAAUUAACACCUUAUAUUAGAAAACAAAUAAACAACAAACAACAAAAACACUUUCAAAGAAAGCAGAGCUCUUGUACCAUAAAUAUGUAAAGAACUGCAAAUUCCAUAGCACUGGUUACAUGAAAAGAAAUAAACAAUGAUAUUGACUUUUGGUAAUUAAAAAUACAGAUUACGGAGCCCAGAGAGGCCAUGGAUUUUUAUUUUUUCUAACGUAUAUUGAGAAAAAAGUUGUUUUGUUGAUAUAACAAGUUAGAAAAAAAUCUAAAUCCAUCUCUGGGCUUUAGUAUACAGAUACAUCAAACAGACAAAACAAAUAUAAGGGUAGGUGUGGGCUGCUCCUAAUAGCUUACAAUCUACAGGUGCUAUGUAACUGUCUUGUGCUGAUUAUAUUUAGUGAUCUGCAAUUAGCAAACUUUCACUAAGGGGCCGAAUUAUCAAGCAACGUAUGGAGCUUGAUGCCCCUGUUUCUGCACGACCGUUCAGGCUCACCAGAAACAGCAGUUAUGAAGCAGAGAUCUAAAAACCGCUGCUCCAUAAUUGGUCCGCCUGCUCUGAGGCCGCGGACAUCAAUCCGCACGAUCCUAUACAAUUGGGCUGAUUGACACCCCUGCUAGCGGCCAUUUGGUCGCGAAUGUGCAGGGGGUGGCAUUGCACAAACAGUUCACAAGAACUGCUGGUGCAAUGAUAAAUGCUGACAGCGUAUGCUGUCGGCAUUUAUAGAUGUGCGGCGGACAUGAUACGCUACAUUGUAUCAUGUCCGCUCGCACAUUAAUAAAUAGGCCCCUAAGUAUCAACUGGUUAAGUAAGAUCUGGUGGUCAUUAAAAUGGAGCCACUACAAAAAUAGCGUACAGGAUCUAGAUCAUAAUUAUACACAAGUAAUUGUUUCAUAAUUAAAAAACUAAAAUGAAUUAGUGUUUUUAGCUAUAUUCUAAUGUUCCUUCCUGUAGCAAUACUGUCUCUCACCUCUUCUCUUAAAGACCAUAAACAGAAAGUGUACUGAUUUUCUUUUAUCUAUAUAUUACACUAUAAGUGCUAUUUUCGUAUGCCUGUAUUGCUUCUGAAACAUACAUGUUUUUACUUGUACUCAUUGUCAUGUAGAUAGAUAUGCAGUGCAUAUGAAUAGAUCAGUCUGAUCACCAUAUGUGAUUAAAAUUACUUGCAAGUGAGUAACAUGAGUUUUCUUUCCUAAGAUAUGGUGAUGAGUCCAUGGAAUCAUCAAUUACUAGUGGGAAUAUCACUCCUGGCCAGCAGGAGGAGGCAAGAAACACUACAGUAAAGCUGCUUUAUAUGUCACUUCCCUUACCCAUAAUCACUAGUCAUUCUCUUUGCCUGCGGUGCAAGGAGGAGGUGAAGUUUUGGGGUCUGAUCUACAAUCAAGAUUUUUUUUUUAUUUUAAAGCAGAGUAGGUUUGCUCUGCUCUUUCUAAAGGGUCUAGCCUUAGCCCAUGUUAGUCUCUUCAGUAGGGCAGUGGUGGCUUUUAAGCAAUUGGGAACUUGUGGGGUACAAUCCUCACUGCGUUUUCCCAAAACAUUUUGCUGCCCUAUUUAGAUGAGUAGGUUUACUCAGUCUUUCUGUAUUUCCAUAGGUCCAUGUGAGGGAUGGCAUCCUCUCAAAACAGGUGAACUGUCCUGCUGCUGGACAGAUGAAUAUCAAGGUAAGUGACAAUUUUAUUUUUCUAUGUAGCAGGGGAAAAUGUGUCACUUAUUCAGCUGAAACACUGCAGGGGGGUGUUUUUUUAUUAUUCCUGUCAGUGUGCAGGUGUUUAUGGCAGUUUUUGCAGGCACUGUUAGUGUGAGGAGUUAUUAUUUUAUUGAUGGCUCAGUGAGUAUCCGUUUUUAGUAACAGAUUAUGUACUUUUUUUUUGGGGGGGGGGGGGUUAUUGUUUGUUUUAAGCCUGUUUUCAAGAAAGUAGGGAGGUUCUGAUUCUUUGAUGUCAGAGGUUUUUUUGGCGCUUUUUUCACUUCCUGUAAGAGUGAGGUGUGCAUAUUUCUGAUGCCUCUGCUGUUUAGAAGGCUUCUUGCUGUUUUUGCUUCUCUGGAAAUCCAGAUUGUAAACAGGAUUGUUUUUUUCCUCAGUUUGCUGCGGGUUGCAGGACAGGUAGGGCACCUCAGUAAAUGAGGUGUAGAGUGUUACCUGGGGUAUGUUUUCUUGAUUUGGUAAAUUUAAAGGGAACAUUUAUUUAAGAAUGUUUUUUUGGUUCUGUUUUAUAUCCUUUGUUAAAAGAUUUUAAAAUAAGUUAGAUUUUUUAUUUGCUUCUUUUUUUUUUGUAUUAUAGAUCAGGAGGCUGUGUAGGAUGUUCCUGUAGCUUAUGUUUUGAUGCCCAGGUGGAACCCAUAAUACCUUUUUGUUCUUCAUGUAUUGAAAGAACUUUCUUAAACCAUCCUUUCCAGUUUGUGGCUCUUCCUUUCGGUCUUGCCACAGCUCCCAGAAUUUUCUCAAAGGUCCUGGGGGCUCUUUUGGCAGUCUGGACGACAUUCUGGUUCAGGCGCUGUCUUUUUAACAAGCAAACUCUCAUACGGAGAUCUUGUUGUCUUUUCUUCGCUCCCAUGGUUGGAAGGUAGUUCUGGGAAAGAGUUCUCUGAUUCCAGCCACAAGAGUAGUGUUUUAGGGACCAUAAUAGACUCCCUACUAAUGAAGAUAUUUCUGACAGAGGUCAGAAAAUCAAAGAUCUUUGAUUCUUGUCCUUCAGUCCUCUCCUCAGCCGUCAGUGGCUCUAUGUAUGGAGGUAAUUGGUCUGAUGGAAGCUUCCAUGGACAUCCUUCAGUUUGCUCGGUUCCAUCUCAGACAUCUGCAGUUAUGCAUGUUAAGGCAAUGGAAUGGGGACUAUGCAGAUUUGUCUCUGCAAAUAUUUCUGGAUCAGGCGACAAGGGACUCUCUUCUGUGGUGGUAGUCUCAGUCUCCCAGGGAACUUGCUUUUGCAGACCUUCCUGGGAGAUUGUGACCACGGUUGCCAACCUUCUAAGUUGGGGAGCAAUUUGGCCAUCAUUGAAGACUCAGGGUUUUUGAACUCGGGAGGAGUCAGUUCUCCCUAUAAACAUUCUAGAACUAAGAGCAUUUUUUUUAUGCUCUACUGGCCUGGCCUCAGUUAGCCUUAGCCCGGUUUAUCAGGUUCCAGUCGGACAACAACAUCAACCAUCAGGGGGGAACUCUGAGUUCCUUGGCCUUGACAGAGGUGGCACAGAUAAUCCAGUGGGUGGAGUCUCACAACUGUUGUCUUUCUGCAAUCCACAUCCCAAAGUGGACAAUUGGGAGGCGGAUUUUCUGAGCCAACAAGCUUUUAAUCACGGGGAGUGGAACUCCAUCCGAAAGUAUUUUCCAGUUAAAUCCUUAAUUGGGGGCAGCCAGAACUGGAUCUCAUGGCUUCUCGGAAGAAUGCCAAGCUUCUCAGGUAAGGCUCAAGGUCAAGGGAUCCACAGGCUUUCUUGAUAGAUGCUCUGGCGGUCCCUUGGAAUUUCAGUCUAGAAUUACAUAUUUCCUCCAUUCGCUCUCCUGCCAUGAGUCAUUGCUCGGAUCAAGCAGGUGAGGGCAUCGGUGAUUCUCAUAGUGCCGGCGUGGCCUCGCAGGAUCUGGUAUGCAGAUCUUGUGGAAACGUCGUCUCUACCUCCGUGGAGACUCCCUCUGAGGAGAGACCUUCUACUUCAGGGUCAUUUUCUUCAUCCAAAUCUCAUUUCUCCGAAGCUGACUGCUUGGAGAUUGAACGCUUGAUUUUAUCUAAGCGUGGGUUUUCAGAGUCUGUCAUUGAGACCAUGAUUCAGGCUUGUAAACCUGUGACAAGAGAUAUUUACUAUAAGAUAUGGCGUAAAUAUCUGUAUUGGUGUGAAUCCAGAGGCUACUCUUGGAGUAGAAUCAGGAUUCCUAGGAUUUUGUCUUUCCUCCAGGAGGGUCUGGAGAAGGGUUUGUCAGCUAGUACUCUGAAAGGUCAGAUUUCUGUGUUGUCUAUUUUGUUGUAUAUGCGUUUAGCAGAUGCGCCAGAUGUGCAAUCUUUUUGUCAGGCCCUGGUUAGGAUCAGGCCUGUGUUUAAGCCUGUUACUCCUCCCUGGAGUCUUAACCUUGUUUGUAGAGUUUUACAGCGGGCUCCAUUUGAACCUAUGCAUUCCUUAGAUAUUAAGAUGUUAUCUUGGAAGGUUUUGUUUCUUGUUGCUAUUUCUUAUGAUCAGAGAGUUUCAGAACUCUCGGCUCUGCAGUUUGAUUCUCCUUAUCUUAUUUUUCAUUCUGAUAAGGUGGUUCUACGUUCUAAAUUAGGUUUCCUACCUAAGGUUGUUAUUAAUCAGUUGAUUGUGGUUCUUUUUUUGUGUCCUAAUCCUUCUUCUCCUAAGGAGCUUGGGUUGCACAACCUAGAUGUUGUGCAUGCAUUGAAGUUCUAUCUUCAGGCGAUUUAGGACUUUCGUCAGUCUUCUACUUUGUUUGUUUGUUUGUUUUUCUGGGAAGCACAAGGGUCAGAAAGCUACGGCUACUUCUCUUUCUCUUUGGCUAAGGAGUAUUAUUCGUUUAGCCUACAUGACUGCUGGACAGCAACCUCCUGAGAGAAUCACUGCUCAUUACAAGAGGGCUGUUUCUUCUUCCUGGGCAUUUUAAGAUGAAGCUUCCGUGGAACAGAUUUGCAAGGCUGCAACUUGGUCCUCUUUGCAUACUUUUUCAAAGUUUUAUAAAUUUUAUACUUUUGACUCAGCUGAGGCUUCUUUUGGGAGAAGGGUUCUUCAGGCAGUGGUGCCUUCUGUUUAGGUUCCUGUCUUGUCCCUCCCUUAUCAUCUGUGUCCUCUAGCUUGGGUAUUGAUUCCCACUAAUAAUUGAUGAUUCCGUGGACUCACCAUAUCUUAGGAAAGAAAACAUAAUUUAUGCUUACCUGAUAAAUUUAUUUCCGGAUAUGGUGAGUCCACGGCCCACCCUUUAUUUAAGACAGUUAUUUUUUUCUAAAACCUCAGGCACCUCUACACUUUUGUGUUAUCUUCUUUUUCCAUUUUUCCUUCGGCCGAAUGACUGGGGAUUAUGGGUAAGGGAAGUGACAUAUAUAGCAGCUUUGCUGUAGUGCUCUUUGCCUCCUCCUGCUGGCCAGGAGUGAUAUUCCCACUAUUAAUUGAUGAUUCUGUGUACUUGCCAUAUCCGGAAAGAAAUUGAUCAUGUAAGCAUAAAUUAUGUUUUUUCUUCUUACUACAAUAAUGGACAACUGAAUAUUCUUAGCUACAAUACAUAAAUAAAAUGCUUGCUUUUGCAGUAUUUUCCUGGAGUAUUUUUUUUUCUAAAGUUUGGCUGCGUUGCUAGGUUACUGACAGAAAAUACCAGCAAGCCAUACAGCUACUAUAUAUAUAUACAUGUUUUUUUCUUAAUGUAUGAGUAAUAAACUGUUACAUUUA